AUGGACGAGGCGGAGGACGGUGAGGAGGAGCUCAAAUCCCAGCAGCCUCCUCGACCACCUCCAGGAGCCAGACUGACUGGAUGCGAGGAUGGGAGCGGUGGAGGGACCAAGAUGAAGAAAUGUGCGCCAGGAGGCGGAGCCGCGUCCAUUGCGCGCAAAAACUCCAACAACAAUGAGCUGUGGCUCUUGCAAGACGAGGACUCCGCACCUUUCAGUGGCACUGGCGGCACACUGUCUGCUCUGUCACGCCACAGGGAUGCUCCUGGCAGCCGUGGAGGCUCCGAGUCAAAGCACACGAGUGGAGGGGACACAGUGUCAGAGGCAGGCGUGAAAGGCGAAGAAGCCAUCGGUAUGAUAUGCAGCAAAAACGGAGACUGUAGAAGGGACCCGACCAGUUCAGGGAGCCUCUCCUCUCUCAUCUCCAAGCAGGAGAAGCAGGCAGAUGGACUAGGAGCCGCUGGAGACGGCAAGGGUCAGGCUGCGAGCAUGGACGGCUCUGUCACUUCUGCGGGGUCCCUGACACAGGGGCCGGGGGCCGAGGUCAAGACGGUGGCAGCGAUGGACAAAAAGGACUCCAGAGUGUCCUUCUCCAAUCCUCCAGCUAGUAAAGGACAGACUCCCAGUCAGCAGUCCGGGAAUUCAGUCACAUUCACCAAAGCUGAGGACGGCACCCAGAUAGUUCCGGACGAUGGGGACUCCAGGGGGAAUCAGACCUACAUGCAGCGGCAGUUCAGUGCCAUGCUUCAGCCUGGAGUUAACAAGUUCUCCCUGCGCAUGUUUGGCAGUCAGAAGGCAGUGGAAAAAGAACAAGAGCGCGUAAAGUCAGCGGGUAAUUGGAUUAUCCACCCAUACAGCGACUUCAGGUUCUACUGGGACUUUACCAUGUUGAUGUUCAUGGUGGGCAAUUUGAUCAUCAUCCCAGUAGGCAUCACUUUCUUCAAGGAUGAGACCACCACUCCCUGGAUCAUCUUCAAUGUUGUCUCCGACACCUUCUUCCUCAUGGACCUGGUGCUCAACUUCAGGACAGGGAUCGUGUUUGAAGAUAACACUGAGAUCAUCCUGGAUCCAAAGAAGAUUAAGACGAAAUACCUGAAAAGUUGGUUUGUCGUUGACUUUGUCUCUUCCAUACCUGUGGAUUAUUUCUUCCUCAUCGUAGAGAAAGGGAUCGAUUCUGAGGUGUACAAGACCGCCCGGGCACUCCGCAUUGUCCGCUUCACUAAGAUCCUCAGUCUUCUCCGCCUGCUGAGGCUGUCCAGACUCAUCCGUUACAUCCAUCAGUGGGAGGAGAUAUUCCACAUGACGUACGACCUGGCCAGUGCUGUGAUGCGAAUAUUCAACCUGAUUGGUAUGAUGCUGCUGCUGUGUCACUGGGACGGUUGUCUCCAGUUCCUCGUACCCAUGCUGCAGGACUUUCCCUCCGACUGCUGGGUAUCCCUCAACAAGAUGGUGAAUGACUCAUGGAGCGAGCUCUACUCCUUCGCCCUUUUUAAGGCCAUGAGCCACAUGCUGUGCAUUGGAUAUGGAAGACAAGCCCCAGAGAGCAUGUCAGACAUCUGGCUGACCAUGCUCAGUAUGAUCGUAGGAGCCACCUGCUAUGCCAUGUUCAUCGGCCACGCUACCGCACUCAUCCAGUCUCUGGACUCAUCAAGACGGCAAUACCAAGAAAAGUACAAACAAGUGGAGCAGUACAUGUCGUUCCACAAACUACCGGCUGACUUCCGACAGAAAAUCCAUGACUACUAUGAACACAGAUACCAGGGCAAGAUGUUUGAUGAGGAAAGCAUCCUGGAGGAGCUUAAUGAGCCUCUGCGUGAGGAAAUCGUCAACUUUAACUGUCGUAAGCUGGUGGCCUCCAUGCCUCUGUUCGCCAAUGCUGACCCCAACUUUGUGACAGCCAUGUUGACCAAACUGAGAUUCGAAGUCUUCCAGCCCGCAGACUACAUCAUCAGAGAGGGAACCAUUGGAAAGAAGAUGUACUUCAUCCAGCACGGGGUGGUCACCGUCCUGACCAAAGGAAGCAUGGGUAUGAAGCUGAUGGAUGGCUCCUACUUUGGAGAGAUCUGUCUGCUGACCCGCGGCAGACGGACGGCCAGCGUGCGAGCGGAUACCUACUGUCGUCUGUACUCGCUCUCUGUGGACAACUUCAACGAGGUUUUGGAGGAGUAUCCCAUGAUGAGGAGGGCCUUCGAGACAGUCGCCAUUGACAGACUGGAUAGGAUCGGCAAGAAGAACUCGAUCCUGAUGCACAAAGUUCAGCAUGAUCUCAACUCAGGUGUUUUCAACAACCGUGAAAAUGAGAUGAUCCAGGAAAUAGUCAAAUACGAUCGGGAGAUGGUUCAGCAGGUGGAUGUACCACGCCCACGAGCCAUGUCCAUGACUCCUUCUCUAUCUGGUGGGAUCUUUCCUCCAGGUUCCUCCACCCAGCCGCAGAAUUCAGCAAUCGCCACCCUGCAGCAGGCUGUAGCUAUGAACUUUUGUUCACCCAUGCAAGGGAACUCAGUGGGGAACCUGCAGUCUCCUAGGAUGGUGAGGAGAUUCCAGGUGAUGCAAAAUGUUUCCAGUCCUAUUUCAGCCUCUCCACUGCAGUCUCAGCUUCUCGCUUCUGGUGCCUUUGCUCCAGUCCUAUCCAGCCCCACUAUCCAGAGCCCGCUGGCAGCCGGAGGACGAUCAUUCCAGUAUGGAGCCAGCGCCCUAGCUGGUCCGGCCUCAGGCUCCCAGCUUUCUCUAACCCAGCACAUAGCCAGCCCCGCACACCGGCCCAGCACACACAAGAGCACCCAUUCCUUACAAAUGGGCAGCCUGAGCCAAGACGCCAGGGCGCUGUCAGCUUCACAGCCCUCCCUGCCUCAUGAGGGUUUACAACCAGGAGCUCCAAGUCCACCCCAGUCUGCACGAGUCUCCUCUUCUUCCAUUGGACCCCCUCAGACCCCAUCUGGCCACACAAGCAUUCGGAGUGCAAUACCACACAGGGUGGUGUUGCCCCACCAAAUGUCUGUGGGGUCCUUCCCUGUAGCAUCCCUGCCCACUUCAGUUCAUGGUUUUGGGGCUGGUGCAGGGCUGGCGGUAGGGGGUUUGGGAACAGGUCCGGGGGACUCAGGGCUACCCAAGAAGGACUCAAUAGUGAGCCUUCCUGAAACAGACCACAUCAAAGUGAGAUCCAGGUUAUCCUCAAACUUGUGAUCUUAAUUAAACUCUACUGGAAGGCGUGAGAGGUUCAAUUGCAGGAACUCUGUCCGUCCUUCAGUUCCCCUCUCGCUGCCCACUCCAGUUUGACUAUCUGAAUGUAUGAAUGUUAAAUGAGUGGCAUCAAGGAGGACCUGAAAGGAGACUGUAAUAAUAAAGUCUGUAUGGUGACUUUUGAAUCUGCAGUUUUGAGAUGUUUCUACUCACAGACAUAGAUGCACAGAACAGUAGUGGUAAAGUAGCAUCUUCCCAUCUCUUCCCAUCUCCGCCCUUUUUGUUAACAGCAUCUGGACAUCCCUGCUUCAUUGUCCUCUCAUUCAUGUCCUCUCAUUUAAUGCAGAUUGAAUGAGACCAAACGAAAAUCAGGGACCUGCUUCACAUAACAAAUAGCAUCCGAAAUUGGCACUUUUAUAUAUCUAAUUUUAUCAGUAGGCUGGCUAAAAUGCGCUUACCUAAGUGUAAGAAUAGAGAGACAAACGCACUCUGCCUUGCGAUUUUACGUCAGUAUUUAAAGCCAUAUUUUUCUCGAGGCUAUUGAUAUAAAUUGUAGUUGAGUACAUUAUAAAUCGGAAUCUUGUCGGCCUCUUUUGUAAAAUCCCGCCAGUCUGCGAUAAUCUAUUCAAAUAAACAGAUAAUGAGCAUCCUUCUGUCUGAAAUUACAAAAGUGGAAAAAUUACCUUGCUCCUGAAAAGCCAUUGAUUUCCACACAAAGUGUCUACAUGUGUGUUUAAUUUAAAGCUGCAUUAAUCAAUGUAAACUGUAAAUCAAAAAAGAAGGUGGAAUAUGAUGAGAGUCAUUUGUUGCGGCUCAUCUCAGUAUAUUUGUGAAACUUGUUAACCUGUUUUAGUUGAUUGAUUUGGCUUUUUUGGGUCCUAGUUCCAAUACAUUAGCCGUGAGGAAAGAUGGGUAUUUAGAGAUAAAACCAAAUGAUUUUCUCACGACUCCUUUGAGACUAAACUACAGCAAACAGGGUAAUGAAUAUUAAACGUAUAUUUAUCCUGAAGGCACACAAACCAUUUCAGUGGGAUACAAAGGCAUGUACAGUGUGUAAUGUGCAACUAAACAGCAGUAAAAAAUGCCUAAUAAGCAGAGGAUCCCAGACUUUUCCAACUUAAAGGGGUCAUAUUUUG